AUGGCUGAACUACCCGCAGCGCGAAUCACCGCAGCUCGAGCAUUCUCAUCGACCGGCGUCGACUACUGGGGACCAAUUCUUUUAAAACCACCCCAUCGACGAGCUGCACCCACCAAAGCCUACGUUGCAGUUUUUGUAUGCUUUGCAACGAAAGCUGUGCAUAUUGAACUGGUGAGUGACUUAAGCACAGCGAAAUUCAUCGAAGCACUUCGCAGAUUCGUCUCCCGACGCGGACUGUGCAACGAAAUCUACAGCGACAACGGCCGCAAUUUCGUAGGAGCAGCCAACGAACUUCGUCAAAUAGUGCGAAGCAAGGAUCAUCAGCAAACAAUCGCCCGCGACUGCGCCGAAAAUGGAAUUCGUUGGCAUUUUAACCCCCCACGAGCAUCACACUUUGGUGGCCUAUGGGAGGCCGCAAUAGCAUCUGCUCAAAAGCAUUUCGUUCGAGUACUUGGAACGCACACGCUCGCCUACGACUCGAUGGAAACUCUGUUAGCACAAAUCGAGUGCUGCCUCAACUCCCGCCCGCUUGUGCCACUGUCCGACGAAUCUACCGACUUGGAAGUACUCACACCAGGUCAUUUUCUCACUGGAGCUGCGCUGAAGGCUGUCCCGGACAUAGAUGUCACCGACAUUCCUUUCAACAGACUUCGACAGUGGCAGCAAAUUCAAAAAAUGUUCCAACAGCUGUGGAAACGAUGGCACUUGGAAUAA